AUGCUUCUUGCAAUUUUCCCUUACAGCACUCUGCUAUCCUCCAGCUUUUUGCUUUUCGCAGUGCUGGCUGCAGGUGCGAACAGGCGAGGUCGAGGUCAGCAUAACCCUACACCCACGUUUCUUCUAAUAUUAACAUUUUGUGUAGAUGUUUCCGCUGGGAUUGUAGAUAAUUUCACACUGUUUUCUGAAUAUCCUGCUGCGGCUACUUGUCAAACAAAAUUUGACUCACAAAGGAAACAUGUUGCGUGCGAUCCAGGGGUAUGCCCGACUCUGGAGCAGACCGACACUACCAUAAUAACUGGAUUCGAGAAGCUUCGCCCAGGUGGUACCACUGGCUUCCUAGAAGUUGACAGGACCAAUAAGCUGAUAGUUUUGUCGUUCCGAGGUACCCGUACGCCAGGGAAUGUCGUCACAGACUUGCAAUAUCAGCAGGUGCCUAUCCAUGAAAUUUGUCCAAAUUGCCAAGUGCAUCGUGGGUUCUAUUAUACCUGGGGAAAUUUUUCGGAAUUCAUAAUGCCGUGGAUCAGCCAUGCAACUGCCAAAUACCCAGACUAUGAUCUCGUCUUCACUGGCCAUAGCCUUGGAGGCGCCCUUGCUACAGUUGGGGCAGUACUUGAGGGAAGUGCAAAUAGAACCAUUGGCCUGUAUUCUUUUGGAUGUCCUCAAUUGGGAAAUUAUAAUUUUGCUAAAUUUGUCACCGACCACACAUCAGGUACUGGAUACAGAGUGACACAUUUGGAUGAUCCGGUACCCAGGAUUCUAUCUACAACUUCUGAGGUCAACAAGACUUGGGAGUAUAGUACAACAUCCCCAGAGUACUGGAUUACUUCUGCAAAUGGUGCACCUGUAAUGGUCACCGAUAUCGAACUGAUUGUGGGCAUCGAUAACAAGAGUGGAAAUCUCGGCCAAACUACCUUCAAUCUCGCAGCCCAUAAUUGGUACAUUGGUAAUAUGAGUGGGUGUUCAAUGUGA